AUGCCGCCGCCGCCGCCUCGAAAAUCGGAGACGGGCGCCGCCUCCAAGGAGGAAAACAUUUACAUCCCGUCCUUCAUUAGCAAACGGCCAUUCUAUGCCGGCGAAGAAGGAGAUGACAAUGACUAUCUCAAGCAUCAGCGUCGCGAGGAAAAGAACGAAAAGUCACAAUGGUACGAUCGUGGGAAGAAGGCUGGACCAGCCGCGACAAAGUACCGAAAAGGCGCCUGCGAAAACUGCGGUUCGAUGACACACAAAGCCAAAGACUGUCUGAGCCGACCACGAGCAAAAGGUGCCAAGUGGACGGGCAAAGAUAUUCAGGCAGACGAGAUUAUCCAGGAUGUCAAUCUUGGGUGGGAUGCAAAACGAGAUCGCUGGAACGGGUACGAUGCGAGAGAAUAUCGCAAAGUAAUCGACGACUAUAACCAAAUGGAGGACCUACGGAAACAAGCCAAAAAGACUACCGAUGGCGACGACGACGACGAGAAGGAUGACGGCGAUAAAUACGCUGAAGAAAACGACAUGAGCAAGCAUCAAAGCACGGCAACCAGACAACUUAGAAUACGAGAAGACACUGCCAAGUAUCUCCUGAAUCUUGACUUGGAGUCCGCAAAAUAUGACCCCAAAACCAGAGCACUCGUCAAUUCGGGCGCGACGGCAGACAAGGCAGCCGAUUUGUUUGCAGAAGAAGGCUUCAUGAGAUCCUCCGGUGAUGCUGGUGACUUUGAAAAGGCGCAAAGGUAUGCGUGGGAAGCUCAAGAAAAGAGUGGUGAUACAUCACAACACUUGCAAGCCAAUCCAACGGCCGGCGCCUUCUACCGUAAGAAGCAGGCAGAAGAGGCAGAACAGAGACGCACGGAGCGGGAACAAAAACUCCUGGACAAGUACGGGAGCGAUGGGCAUAAGUCAAUGCCGGCCGCACUGCGCAAUAUGGCCAUUGCGGAAUCUGAAACAUUUGUUGAGUACGAUGAGGCCGGCCUUAUCAAGGGAGCCCCUCUCCGGAGCGCAAAAUCCAAGUACGUGGAGGAUACCCUGAUCAACAACCAUACGUCUGUUUGGGGCAGUUGGUGGUCCAAUUUUAAAUGGGGUUAUUCAUGUUGCCAUUCGUUCAUCAAGAACAGCUAUUGUACUGGCGAAGAAGGCAAAGAAGCAUGGGAAGCUGCCGAGCGUCAGCGAUUUGGUGCGCCUGUAUUGGAUCAGGAGGCUGAACCGGUGCCUACGGAGAAGGAAGAGCCUGAACCAGAAUCAGCGACCCAGAGCGCAAAGACCAAGAAGCGUACGCAGGCAGAGAUGAUGAAUGGAGUCUCAGAGGCCGAAAUGGACGAGUACCGACGGAAGAGAACGGUUGCCCAGGAUCCAAUGGCAAGACUGCUGGGCAAGGACGAGCUCUUAAGCUGA